ACAAAAAAGUCUAAUAAACCGAAGGUGGUCGUAACUCCAUUGCAUCCGGAUUCAACCGGUAAUUGGAAAUUGCGAAGGGUAGAAUUGAGAAAAAGAAAUAAUAGAAGGUCAAGAAAUGAGUAAAAUAAAAGCCCCUAAAAACAUUUUCGUGGAAAUUUGGUCGACACGAGGAGCGAUCGAAAGUGGACCAGGACUAUUUGAAGCUUGCUGUUAGCACGUGGGAGUUUUCCAGAUGACUAGGCGUGUAAGAUGGAACGAGGAAAAUCUGGAGGAAAUUGAAGCAAAUAAACCCAUAAGGCAGAAAAUAACUGAACCCAAGACGCCAUACCACCCCAUGAUUGAUGAUGAUGGGUCUUUGUCUCCCAUAGGACGUAGUUUCAACGAUUGUAUCGGUGAUGCUAUGGAUGCAGAUGAAUUAUGCUCUGCUUUGAAGGAUGUGGCUUCCUCAAGUAGAAAAACUGGGCAAUCUGGUGGCUGGUCAUCUUCUGAGGAUGAAGCUGAUCCUAUGGAUCAUGAAGAAGAAGGUCGAAGUGGUAUGAGUUUUAAGGAACAAAGAAAGGCACACUAUGAUGAGUUUUUGAAGGUAAAGGAACUGCGACGUAAGGGCUCUUUCCUUGAGGAUGGAGAUGAUGAAGUGGAGGGAGAUUCAUCUUCAUCAUUAAGCUCUGGUGUCAAAGACAUAGAAAUACGGGAAGGUCCUGCAACUCUGCCUCAAAAAUCUUCUGCAAGUCCGGCUAAUGGAUCUUAAAGUCAUCCGGCCAGUCUGAGACCUAAAGCUGACUGUUUUGACAUCCUUUUUCUGGUAGUUUUAUGGUAUUUUGGUGCAAAAAAAAAAAAAGAAAAAAAACCUUUAGGUUCUGUAUUUCUCCAUAUUUGAGUUAAACUUGUACAUAAUUUUCCCUCAUUUGGCAUGUUUGUAUGAAGACUUGGGCACCAAACUUUUGAUCUUUGACAAAUAAGCAAAAUGGCAAGGUUUUGAGA